AUGCUGUCCCUGGCGAUCCAGUCGUUCCUGCACCCGGCCAGUCCGGCCCUGCAGCGUCGGUCGUCGUCGUCGUCGUCUGCGGAAUCCCAGGGCACGGCCAUCAUGAGCCCACUGCCCAACCUGCAGACCAAGGGCUUGAUCGUGAUUAGUGCCCUGGCAACCCUGUCGCUCAUUUGCACCUUUUCUCUCUUGGCUUUUUUCACCUACCGCUUCAUUUUCUGGAAAAAAUACUACAAGCGCUACAUCGGUUACAACCAAUAUGUCGUGCUCAUGUUCAACCUCGUCCUGGCCGACUUUAUCCAGAGUCUCGGCUUUAUCAUCAGUCUCCGAUGGAUCGCGACUGACUCCGUGACUGCAUCCGAUCCGGCAUGCUUCCUGCAGGGCAUCUGGCUGCAGAUUGGGGAUCCCAUGAGUGGAUUGUUUGUGCUCGCGAUCGCGGCGCACACCUUCAUCCACGUGAGCUUGGGCCACCAGAUUGAACACCGCGUCUUUGUCGCCGUCGUCAUCGGUCUGUGGGUGUUCGGAGUGGUCACGACCAUUAUCCCCAUCGCCGCCCACGGACGGUACGUCUGGUAUCCGGCCGUGGCCUGGUGCUGGAUGACGCCCAAGUACGAGUCCAUGCGACUGUGGACCCACUAUUUCUGGAUCUUCGCCUCCGAAUUUUUCACCGUCGUUCUCUACGCGAUCAUGCUCAUUCAGCUGCGGAGGAGAAUCGCCGAAUCGUCCAUCCUGGGAGAGCACAACUCGGAAAGUCUGCGCCGCCUGAAGCGCGUCAUUUUCCAUAUGGGCCUCUACCCAUUGGUCUAUAUCGGCCUCACUUUGCCACUGGCCGCGGGGCGCAUGGCUUCCGCCAGCGGGCACUCUCCGAGUGUGUUGUACUUUUGCGUCAGUGGUAGCUUGAUGACAUUGUGCGGUUUCUGCGAUUCCCUCAUGUACACCCUCAGCCGGCGCAGUGUGGUGCUGGAGCCGGAAGCCCGGAUCAACAGCAGCAACAAGAUGUCCAGUCGACGCAACAAAUCCUCGGUGGCGCAUCAGUAUGGCGCCAGUGUCGACGGCAAGGGGCCCACCAACACCACGAUUGCGCGGGGCCGGAGCGACUCGACCGAGGAGAUGAUCGGCAAGGACGGGCUGGAGUUGACGCCGAUGGGCGUGGUGUUGCAGCACACGACGAUCGAGGUGACACACGAGGCCGCUUAUGACUCGGCCUCGAGCAAUCUGAGUGCAACCAGGGACCGGAAUAGCAUGUACCAUUAG